UGCCAACAAAAGAUUCCUCUGCCAACGACAGAAAACAUGAGCAGGAUGCUUCCAAGAGAAAAUGAACUACUGGAUUCAGGAUGGAAAGAAGAGACUGUAGAUGGAUUAGAAGAGCCUUUAAUGACAGACUUUGGCAAAGAUUUCUCAUUGAGUGCCUUGACAUCUGCUUCGGGUGAUUGGGCGAACACUUCUUCCUGUUCUCGAGAGAGACUCAUUGACGAAUCAAGAAAUGUCGCUCCAAGCGAUUAUCGUGUGCGAAAUGUCCAGGAAAAUUUAAAAUUAGAUUUGAAGUCUUCAUUUGAUAAUUCUUCUCCGUCAAAUAGGAAAGAGAGAAGUCCAAAAAGAGAAAAGAAAUCGCCAAGAGCUUCAAAACGUAGCAGUAGCAAAGGAUCAGUAUCUCCAAAACGGGAGUCUUACAAGAAUAAAAAUUACUCGGAGAAUAAGGCAGAAUUUGAAUCGCCUUCUUCGCCACUAUCAAUGGAUUUUCCGUCCGUUACAGAUUCUCUGCUUCCUAAACAAGGAUUAACAUACCAUCAGGACAAACCAACAUGGACAGAAGAACCAAAAACGAGGGUUAUUACCCAGCAACCGACAAGCUGGAAUGAGAAUCCAAUGUUUAUAGGGAAUGCACUGACAAACGGUAUCAAGGCAGAAGUGAGCAAACCUGCUGAAAGUGCUGCUGAACAAGCACCUGAAAUUGAUAUUGACCAAUUCACCUUUGACACUUCACCUUCAAAAGAUAAACCUCUUAAGUUCACAGAUUUUAUGGGAGAUGAAACAGAGGAAAAGCCAGCAGCGGGUGGAUUCUCUGGUGCUGAGGGUGAUGGUGCUGCAUACAAUUUCCUUCUGGAUUGGUAGAGCAACAAUUACAAGACUAUAUACGUUUUCUUUUUUUGUCAAGGUACUCUAUGAGUGGAUGCUUGUGUACCUUACAAGUGAUUAUGUAAAGUUGGUAAAAGCCACUUCUGGGAGCUUUCUCAAGACGUCUAAUAAUAUUUUGCUGCAUAUCAUGGUACACAUAACCAGCUGACUUUGGGAGACAAUAAUACAGUAGUAAAAGCACUCAUCAAAGUGUCAAUAAUGGGUUAGUAUUCAGGAAAUGCUUGCUUAUUCAUGUGAGUGCAGGAAUCGUGCCGAUUACAGAAACCUCCCUCAACUUGUAGGAGACCCCUGCUAAUAUAUUUAUUUGCUUCAAUUUAUACUUCAAUGAUCAUUUGUAUGUAAAAUAUCUACAUCAUUAUAAUUGGUUAAUAUGCUGUGCUAUAUAAUUUAGAGCAAAUUAUUCUGUAUAAGUCAGUGGUGACGUCAUCAGUUUCAUUUUCACUAAAUUUUUUGCGUCUCGUAUGCAAAAAGCUCAAAACUGUAGUGAUUUUAGUACAAUUUCAUCGUGAUGAAGGAAUAUUUCGUUGCUUGGCGAAGCUAUGAACGCACACAGCAAACCUAACAAAUCUCACUCUACGGCGCUGGUUAACUUGAAUGAAGUCUAGACCGUCCUAGACAAGGCCUAGAAAGGCAUAAUGGUUAUGAGAUAACAAGGUGAUUGACUUAUAAAAGAACUGAAAAAAUAAGGCAACACUGAAAUAAUUCAUAAUAAUGUUUACAAUACAAUUUAAUCUAUUAAACAAGUGUCUACCAGGAGGUUAGGCCUACCUUAUAAUAACCCUUAGUAAAUAAACCACAAUCAAUUUAUUCAUCUUCUUUGUAUCGCGAAGAUCUGCGAAGUGUCAGUGGUCAUGCUACUACCAAAUCAUUCUAAUAUGCGCAGCCACGGCAAACAGCAGUUUAAUUUACAAAUAUAAAGGGCCAUAUAAAAGGUAAUGGACGUCACAACUGACUUAUAAAGCAAUUAUAGUCAAGUAAUUUUGUACACAGUAGGAAAUACAAGCCUUAGAAGCCAUUAUUUCCUUUAUUUCUCCUUCAGUUUCUAUUUCCUACUGUGUACUCAAAACCUGACUAUACUGUAAUUGCUUAUUAUAUACAAAGAAAUAUGUAAUUUUAGUAAACAGUUAUUGGAUUGAUAAACAAAAGUUUCAGAACUUGACUCAUAUAUUCUCCUUUUUUAUAUUUUAUUUAACCAAAUUAUUACUAGUGUAUUAUCAUUAUUAUUUAAUUAAAAUUCUGUUCAUUUGUAUUACAUACAAUAUACUCUUCAUUUAAUCAGGUAAAUAUUUAUAUUUUAUUAGUAUUAUAAGCUUAAUUUUAAACAUGAUUUUUGGGGUCCCUAGUUGGGAGGACCCACUUCUAAGGGAUUGAUUUAAUGAGCUUUCCUAAUACAUCUCAUUGUGUAUUGCUGCAUGUGUGGUACCCAUGGUGAGGGUACUGCAGGGGGACAAUUGAUAAGCAGUAAUAAAAACAUGAAAGCAUAAAGAAUUUGCAAGAGAUGGGUUAGUUUCCUGGAGAAUUUUGCUUGCUUGCAGAAGUGCGGGAAUUACAUUUCAUUUAUUUAGUAUUAUGUUUAAAAUUUAUGUGCAAUUUAAGUUGCUGAUUACAUUGUAACAGCAUUAGAUAAUAACUGGCAACCUUUUGAAAUCUUGGAAUUAUAUUUAUUAUUGCUAAAAGGAACUAUUGAAUAAGAAUGUGUAAAAAAAUCCAUCUGGUUCCUAAUUAACUAUUUAAAUAAAUGAAAUGAUUGUGAUAAAAUAACAAUAAUGACAAUGAACCAUAUUAAUUUAUUGUGUUUCAUAUUCAUGUGAACUUUAGGAUACAAUACAGUACUGUAUUUGGAUUAUUAUAGUAGUACAUAGAAUGUAUGUUACACCCUCUAUAGUCAGCUAUUGUGAUUAUUACAUUAGAUUAUCUAGGUUGACCUAAGCACAGGUCAUAUCUAGGUACUGUAUAUGGUCACGCAUCAUAUCUGGGUACUGGUACGUGAUGGUCUUUGGGUUCAGUCAUAUUGACUUCAUCAUAUAUUCAGGAUGAGUAUUAGUGAAUCUAGGACAAUAAAGCUUAAUCUAAUUUAAUCCAUACAUGAAAGGUAUUGUGUUCUAAAGUGACCAAAAGAUAAAAAUCUCAAAUCAAGCUAAAAUAAGAAAGGUUUAUAUUGCCCAAACUGUACUGAUCCAAUAAUAUAUUAAAAAUCUAGGUGUUUUUUUUUUCUCUCUUUUUGCUGCAGAAAUAGCAUAAAAAUAACAUAAAAAAAGUAUUUUGAUUUUCAUAAAUUAUUUUGUUCAAUUAAUAAUGAAUGAAAAUUUACCAAUGGAAAUGCAUGGUGUGAAUGAUUUCUAGCAACGAAUCAAGAAAUAUGUCUAGGCCAAUAAUAAAAGCACAGACCCUGUGUAAAAAAAAGGAAAAUUACAACCAACUGACCCAGAUGUCCAAUACUGUCAUUGUACUAGGUAAUUUUUUAGUGUAAGCAGUGUCCUGAAUAUUAAUGUCAUGGUCAUUUAAAAUUAUUGUGACAUUUUGUUGAAGCAUUGGUGGAGUUUAAGGUUACAGUCUUUUAUUCAGAUUAGGCUGAAAACAAAAUCAUGAGAAUUGAUUGGAGUAAGCAUAUAAGCCAUCUUUGUUAAUUUUACUUUUAAAUAUUUAUAUACAAGUUCAACUAAUCUUGAAUUUAAGUCAAGUUGCAUUCUGUAAGAACUGUGUCAAACACUUGAAGAAUAUGUGUUUAAAAAAUAUCCAAAUGUAUUAAGUUGAAAAUGUAAAAUUGCAGCUUGCCAGCCUGUUUUAUGUUCUGUAAUUUUAUGUACACUGUAUUUAUUAAUGAUAUUUUAUCCAUUCAUAAAUAGUUAUAUGUUAUGUUUUGAUU